AUGUGCAUAACUUUUGUGUACAUUGAGCAUAAUCCAAAUGCUAAAUAUAAAUUGAUUCUGCUAAACAAUCGUGAUGAAUUACUCAAUCGGCCAACCAGUACUGCAAGAUGGGAAAAUGGCAUUCUUGCUGGUAGAGAUGAGAAAGAAAGUAUACGUGGAACAUGGCUAUGUAUGAAUGCUAUUGGUCGUAUUAGUAAUUUAUUAACGAUCACUGUACCAAUAAAUCAAAUGAAAUCAAAUUCUGCUACUAGAGGCCUAACAUAUCAAUCAGAUGAUAAAAUUGAAAUUACCAGAUACUCAUCAGGUAUUUAUGGUUUUAGCAACAGUCCAUCAUGUGAACCGUUUAAAAAGGUGCAACGUGGUGUGGAAAAAAUGAGGGGUAUUAUUGAUGAAAUAAAUAGCAAAAAUUAUGCAGAAGCAGAAAUCAUUGAACGUCUUUUACAGUUAGCUACCGAUAAAUAUCAAUGUUUUCCCGAUGAUCAAUUAAAGCGGCGAUGUGGCCGAUCUAGCGAGCUUUGUAAAUAUCGUACUGCCAUUUUUGUAAGGUAUCCUGAUGGAAUUCCAUACGGUACUAGGUCACAUACAAUUAUUAUUGUGGACCGUAAUAAUCGGGUCACAUAUUAUGAGAAAUCAAUGGAAGCAGGAGCAGGAAAAGCAAGCGAAGCAACUUGGACCGAGCAUAUAUUCCAUUUUGAACUGAUUUAA